AUCUUUUAGUAUAUUAUCUUUUAGUAGGAUAGAUCUUUCCCUAAGCUAGAUAUAUUAGAAUCCUACGUUGAGUAGCUUUCUAUAUGAUUGUAUAUAUAUUUGAUUGAGGCUGGAUGAGAAGAGGAACACUGGGAGAUUAUCUUGACAUGGUAUCAUGAGCCAAGGUUCCAUUCUAUUUUUUUUUUCUCUGAGAAUUUUUUUUAAAAAAAAAAAAAAAAAAAAAAAAAAAAAAAAAAAAAAAAAAAAACUCCAAAAACUAAACAACACAAAGUGAAACAGAACAUACCUUUACUGUGAGGGAUGGGUGACAAAACUCCAGUAGAUUUAACUUACUAUCUCGGUUCCAGUGAUGCUCCGGGAAAUUUAAUCACGCCUAUUCAAUUGCGUGGUGAGAAUUAUGAUGAGUGGGCUCAAGCGAUUCGACGCUCGUUAAUGGCCAAACGAAAAUUUGGCUUCGUAGAUGGAUCAAUCAAGAUGCCGACGGAUGAAAAGAAGUUAGAAGAUUGGAUUGCUGUACAAUCCAUGUUGGUCUCGUGGAUAUCCAAUACACUUGAUCAGAAAUUACGAUCGACGAUUGGAGACUAUGAUGAUGCGAGUAUUUUGUGGACGAAUCUCAAGAAUCGGUUUUGUGUUGUAAGUGGUACGCGUGUGUGCCAAUUAAAGACUGCGUUGGGUGCGUGCCAUCAGGCGUCUACGGAGUCCAUAGCUGAUUACUUUGGUCGGCUAUCGAAGAUUUGGAAGGAGCUUCUCAAUUAUACGAGGGUCCCUAAGUGUAAGUGCGGGAAGUGUGACUGCAAUAUAGUUACACAGGUGGAGCAGAUUAGAGAAGAAGAUUACUUACACUAUUUUUUAAUUGGGUUAGAUGCUCAUUAUGCUGCAAUAAGGACUCAAUUACUCGCACAAAUCCCUUUGCCUAGUGUCGAUGUGGCAUACCAAAAUAUUGUUAUGGCCGAAAGUUUGCGUGAAGCUAGUAUGAAGGUGGAGAAUGCAGUGGCUUUUAAGGUGGAUUCUCGGGCAAAACAGAAAUAUGAGGAUAAUAGUGAUAAGUUUUGCAAUCAUUGUAAUCGAGUAGGCCAUGACGAAAGUGGGUGCUAUCAGAUCAUUAGUUACCCCGAGGGGUGGGGGGAACGUGGUCGUGGUGGACGAGGACGAGGUCGAGGUGGAGGAGGGCGUGGAGCAGGCCGUGGAGGGGCUCGCAAUUCUGGCAGCAACUCGGCAAAUUCCUCAACCCAACAGCAAACCGUGAGAGCUAAUAAGGUUGCUGGUGCUACACAGUCGCAAGCAAAGGCCACCACCUCCAAUGAAGAUGCAGCAGCGAGCUUGGCAGGCGUGAGUGCUACCCAAGUUCAACAAAUUUUGGAGAUUUUAAAUCCCAAAAACAGGCACUUGCAUGGACCAGCAGACGAGGAAGGUGAUUGGUGUGGGUGAACGUGAGGAUGGAUUGUAUUUUUUCCGAGGAGUCCCUCAAGUGAAGAUUCUAGCAGUAGAUGGUGAUUCUUCGUUCGACUUGUGGCAUCAACGG